AUGAAGGAAAAGAUCAAGGCCGUACUCCACAGAAGGAAGGGCUCAACACCAACGCAAUCGCCCCGUGCCUCAUAUGAGCAGUCUGAAGGGGCUAGUCCACGUGCUGAACAGCUUCCUAGCUCUCCCCAUCACAGCCAUCGACGGAAAUCUUCAGCUUCUCAGAGCGCCUCUCCUCGAGCAGAAUAUGCUCAACACCCCAAGACCACUCAUACAAACGGCGUAGCUACUCACUCAGCUACCCUACCGCUUGAAUCUGUGCAUAAUACCCAGUCUGACAACACCAACCUCGUCAAGUCUGCCUCUGAUGAAAACACACUCAUUCCCCCUGCACUUGCUCCCAGCAAACAGUCGAUAGUGGCAGGUACCAAUACCGGCCACUCAGUAUCGCCUCACAGUGGUCUAUCAAAGCCCCUCCCACCAACACCAAGUUCCACCAGCUACAACCACGGCGAUGCUCGAGACAAACUGGUCGGCAGGGCCGUCACCACCAAUGGCAGCAUUGUAGGGGGAGCGCAACCGCAAGAUCCAGAAGACCUUGCACGGCCAUCGCAGAGCUUGGGAAGACAACACCACAUCCACCAGGAUAUGGCUGUCAAGCCUGCGGGGUUCGAUUCUACGAGCGAUAAGCACGGUGUGUACGGCAGUGAUGAGGAGUGGCAGGUCAAGCAGAAAUCGAUGCUCAAUGGCAUCGUUGAUUUAAACGACACAGUUGAAACAGACAGAGAGACAUCGUGGGCACCUGCGGUCACACACGAGGUUGUCAAGCCAUACGAGCAUGAGAUUGUCCAGCACAAAAUCUAUCGAGAGAUUCACAACUAUACCUACUACCACCGACUGCAGCCUGUGAUGCAGACUGAGGUUCUCCCACCUCGUCACUUUAUCCCCAAUCCCGACGGAGAGGGCCUGAUUGAGAUUUCUGCUGAUGAGUUGCCCUCUCGUACAGGCAAAAACAGGUGGUGGGAUAUUGUGCAAAAGGAACCCGUGCUUCCAGAAGCUCCAUUCCAAUGGCGCACCGAGCCGCAAGUCAUCGAGGGAAAACCAUACAUGACAGACGAGGGCUUCGAGCGCAGAGAAACCACCAUUAUAUACCCACCGACGCUGGAAGAUAUGUCGAGUUACGACGGAAUAGUACAGCCAGUUCACUUCGACCACAAGACUGGUAAGCGCUGGCUGGGAGAGCAGACGACCAUCGACAAACUGCAGCGACAAGUGGACGGUACAAGCGAAGAUGAUUUUAUGACGAUGAAGAACAUCACGGCCGACUUGCCUGAAAUAUCCAACAGCCCGUCGGUCAAGCGAAGGCCCGUUGGCAGAGACUCGCUAUAG